CGUCCAGGAUGAACCGUGCAUUUUCACCAUCUCUGGUUAGGCCGACCCUGCCGUUGAGGAGACCUGCAUCAGGUCCAGGUUCAAGUCCAGGUCCAGGGACCCCAAGCAGCCUGAGCCCUGUAAUUAACAACCAGGGCACAUGCUCACCCCAAGACCUGUCUCUGUUGACUGGAAGCUUAGAUGGUAUACUGAAGACCAUAAUUAAAUUUAACGCUGAACCCAUGCCUGCUCCAGUAACCGUGAGCCUGUGUAAUUACUGCAGUAAGCAAGGCAAUCUCAGGUGCACGCGCUGCAAAAAGACUUGUUACUGCUCGGUAGCUUGUCAGACAGAGGACUGGAAGGCCCAUCGCCACAUUUGUAAACCAAGUGCUCCAGAAACCAGUGCGAGUGAUAAACCAAAGGAAUCCCCGACGCUACCUUGUGGUGAAGGAGCUAGUAUUUUGGAAUCCAAAGUGAACAAUAUUUAUGUGGUGGAACCAAAGAGAGUUUACCUGCGAGAUUUACACAAGAAUAACCUCUCCAAAGGAGAUGAAGUCCAAGCAUCUGUGGUGGAAAUGAGGACCCCUGGGAAGUUCUUCAUCCACAUCCAGUCAGUGGAGAUGUGUGAGACCCUGAAGAACAUCACGCUAAAUCUUCAGAAGACCUAUGGUGGUUCACCUGCAUCUGUGUACACGCCUGAAAUCGGGGAAAUCUGUGCUGUGAAAUUCUCUUUUGAUCAGAAUUGGUAUCGAGGUGAAAUUGAGUCUGUUGAUUUGGAUCAUCACACUGCCACAGUGCUCUACAUAGACUUUGGAAAUGAGGAGGAUGUCAGAUUUGACCAGAUACGCCCCCUGUCAGCAAAUAUUGAUUCUGCACCACCAUGUGCUAUACAGUGUUGUAUUGCUGGAGUAACUGCAAUCACGAGCAGUUGGACAGGCCAAUGUUGUAUUGCAUUAAGGCAACUGGUUGCUGGAAAGAGUCUGACUUUCACUGUGGUGGAUGUCCUGAACAGUAGCACUGUGUUUGCUGUAGAUGCGCCUCUGUCCACACUUGGUAAGAAUCUCAGUACUUUCCUGAUUGACCAGGGCUAUGCAACGAAAGAGAACAAUUCCACAAAGCCAAAGAUCAAGCAAGAUAUCUAUUCUUUAAUGAACGCAUCAUUUGAAAACUUCAAGUGUUUGUCUGAUGGGAAAAAUAAGAACACUGAGGCUCAGCCACCAGAGCCCUUGAGUCAAGGAGUGGGAGACACCUUCACAGCUAUAGUCACCCAUCUUCAGUCCCCUUCAGACAUCAUCUGCCAAAAGCUAGAAAAUGCCAGUGUUAUUCAGCAGUUACAAACAAAUUUGAGAGAACACUGUAUUAAGACUCAGGCCAGCGAGAACUUCCGACCUGCUCCUGGAACAGUCUGCUGUUCCCUUUUCUUGGAGGACAAUCAGUGGUAUAGGGCCAAAGUGCUGGCAUAUUCCUCCGAGGCUCGGGUGUGUGUGGGUUACAUAGACUUUGGGAACUCUGAAGAGGUGUCGUUGAAUCAGUUGCGUCCCAUCAGUAUGGAUCUGAUAGCUUUGGCUACUCAGGCAAUCCCAUGUGCCCUGGCAGCUAUUAAGCCCACUUCAGAUGCAUGGUCAGAGGAGGCCGUAGUAAUGCUGAAGAAAUUGGUCUGUAACCGCUUCCUCCGUGUGGAGAUUCUUGGAGAGCGAGAUGGAACAGCUUUGGUCUCGAUGGUUGAUGAGUCCAGUGAUCCUCAGACUAAUGUAGCUGAGCUGCUUGUUUCUACAGGCCAUGCUGCUGUAGGAAAUAUGGAAAAAAAGGAAGCAGUUGAAAGCCCUGAUGGUCCAGCAGACAAAUUGGAGUUGUCUUGUGCAGAACUUCCCAUUGAUGGCCAGAAGGUGGCGCUAGUGGUCAGUGUACUGGAAAAUCCUGGACAAUUCUACUGCUAUAAUUAUAAUGCAGAAGACCUGCAGACCCUGGCAGAGUUGUCCACUGCUCUGAUGAAGCACUGUGAGGCUGAUAGGACUCCUUUCAACCCUACUGUUGGAGAACCCUGUUGUGCUCUCUUCAGUGAUGGGAGCUGGUACAGGGGCAUUGUGCAGAGUCUUGAAGGAGAUGGAAAUGCAAAUGUGUAUUUUGUAGAUUAUGGGAACACUCGUAAAGUACAGGCAGCUCAUCUAAGAGCCAUCAAACCUAGCCUCCUCAAACUCCCUUUCCAGGCCAUAUGUUGUUGGCUUGCAGGACUUGAGCCUGUAGGAACGGAGUGGAGUAAGGACGCAGUGCAGAGGUUUCAGACUCUGUGUGUGGGGAAGCAGCUCACUGGCAGAGCAUUAUCCAUCACCGAAAAAGGUUAUGGAGUUGAGCUGGAGUAUAGUGGCCACAACAUUGCUGCUGUACUCAUUGCAGAACAGCUUGCCAAACCUUCAGGACAGGAGAACAAGCCUGAUUCACAAGCAGCCACGUUCACUGAACCAGUAGAAGCAUCUCCUGCUCCGGUGCCUGCUGAAAUUCAUUCGUGCACUGAGCAGCAAGCUAAAACAACUGGACAAAAACCCACCAUAUCACAGUCCAGCACAUCAACUGUUUCAUUUCCUCUGGACUGGAAGACAGUGGAGUUGCCUCGCAGCAAGACUUUCCAGAUUCAGGUGGCAGCAGUGACCAGCCCAAGUCUCUUCUAUGUGAUAAAUCCUAGAGAGGUGAACAUAGAGAAGUUGCAGAGUGUUAUGACGGAUGUGACAAGGUAUUGCAGCAAGCAGACCCUGCCCAACCAGAGCAUGCCUUUACCUGGAGCAGCCUGCUGUGCUCAGUUCUCAGGUGACAAAAAUUGGUACAGAGCUGUUGUAUUGGGAGUUACAAGCAAAUAUGCAAGUGUGAUUUAUGCGGACUAUGGGAACAUGGAGAGGGUUCCUGUCUCCAGCAUCCUGCCCAUCCCGAAAGCACUUCUGCAGCACCCAUUUCAAAUAGCUAGAUGUGCUCUUUCAGGUAAAGAGCACUUCCCGACUGUGUGGCCUCCUGAGGUCCUGGAGCUUUUUGGUGUACAGCUGAGUGGCAAAGUGCUGGCCUCCGUAGAUAACUUUGAUGGCACCUUUAACCUGCUAAAUGUUACCGAGCACUCUGCUCAAGGACACAACAACAUCAACUCCAUUAUUUUAAGGGCACUGAAGAAAUCUCCUGGCAAGUCUAGCACAGAUACUCUGACUCAAGACACACAGGCCCAGGGACCUGGGCAGACACGAGCUGGUAGUGCCUCAGCUCAUCAUUUAUCCGCAGACCCUGGGAAGCCCGAACCUCAAAGUCACGAAAAAGAAAAUAUGAAGACUACGAUGGCCAGCAUGGAAAAGGAGGGCCCACAAGUCCCUCCAAAGGUUACAAGCAAAGCUCCUGCUUCGUGCUGUUGUGUGUCCCUUGAGCAGAAGAUUGCCCACAUUGAGGAGUUGCUCCUUCUUCUUGUGAAGCAAAUGGGUGGAACACAAAAGUAAUUAAUGUAAAUUAUGUUCCAGUGUUUCUAAACAGUUUAAGCCGUUUAGUUUGUUUAAAAACAAGUUGUUUACAAA